GCCAUCUUUGUAAACAAGAUGGGACGAAACCUGUAGUGAAUUACCUUGACUGACUGUCUCUUAACUGCCUGAGUGUGUGUUUGUGUGUGUGUGUAUGUAUGUGUGUGUCACCGACGUAUAUGUCACAAUAGUUAUCUACACACGUGUUGUAAGAUGUGUUAAGUGGACAGUAGGUGGAACAGUCACACUCCGGAGGCUGACAGUGACAUGGCAGAGAAGUGGGAUGACAGCGCGAAUGAUUCGCCAGAGGUCGUAUAUGAGGGUUUUUCUCCGCCACCUAAUCACCCCCAGGGUAUUAUCAACACUGCAGGCAGCUCCUUUGUUGCAGCUGAUGUUAAUGAAGAUGGUUCAAUUGGAGGUUCUGCAGCUGCCUUUCUGCAAGGAGCAAAUAUGGUUGAAAAUCAGGGGGAGGGAUCGCAUCAUGAAGAAAUUGAAAGAAACCGUUUAUGUUUUGUGUGCUGUAACCCCGUGUCGGACAAAAAUUACGAGUCAAUUAAGGCCUCCAUGAACCACUCGCAUGCCCCACUGUUGGUGCUACUGACUGACGUCCUGGGUUACAAACUGGAAGAUGGGCGACUUCAUUCACAGGUUGUUUGUAAGGCGUGCUAUCACCUGUUGGAUAUUAUUGAUGAGCUGCAGCAGACUCUCACUGAAUCAAAAACUGAUGUCCGCACCAAGUUUUUGGAGACCAUCCAGAAAUUGAAGCUGAAAUAUCCAAGAACGGAUAAGAUGCUGAAGCCACGAUGCCUUCGGUGUAUUCAGAUGUCACAAACCACUGCCCGGAAACGAGGAAGAGGUAGAGGUUGGAAAGGUCGAGCCGAUGACGUUGGUCGUGGCAGGGGACGCGGUCGAGGGAGGGGUAGAACAGCACCACGAUCUGAAGAUGGACAUGAUAUCUGCAGCGACAAUGAUGGCGAGGGCCAGGGAGUUACUGGAGAAGAGAUUAUCAAAGAUGCACUACCAUCAAAGUCACAUCAGCCUCGUUCAUACCAGCUUGAUACCAAGAUAAAUAAUAUUCCUCAAAUGAGAGUAAUGAACAGAAGCCCCCACUCUGUUGUGGAAACUGAUGUGUGUAGAAAAUCUUGUGUUGACUUUGGAAAAACUCAUAGUAACUUUUCGUGUGAUAAAAAAGACAAAGAGCCAAAAUGUGGUGCCCCGGAGAACUGUCAAUCUGUGUACAAUCAAUUUUCUUCAUACUUGAUGGAGGCAGCAGAUGAGAACCACACACACACCCAUUGUACUGAUUGUUCUUAUCUUGAGUGUAGUCUUUGUAGAGAAAGUCAGUCUGGAGUGUUCUAUCUGCAUUGUGAAACUUGCCUGACUUGCUAUGGAAUAUUUGUUCCUUGGGGUUGUGAUUCUAACUUAGAAUUUAUUGAUGACAAAUGCUAUGUGUGGGAUCUGAAAGUUCAAAAUCAUCUUGGCAAAGGAAAAAUGCAUAUUGUGAAUCAAGGUUUAAAGUAUGCCAAGGUUAGUGUUGAGAAUGAAAUACUCAUUGAUAAGUGUCAUAGUGAGGAUGAUGAGAAGAGAGUUGAGGCAUAUUCUGAGGACACACAAACUCGGGAGGCCAAGACUGUCAGUAAAAGUAUUAAUGAUAUGUCUCAUAAUUUAGUAACCUUUGAAAGUAUUCCAAUAGCUGGUGAUGUGCUCACACACAUUAAAGAUGAAAUUUGUAAUAAAACUACUAGCACAGAUAUACUUAGUGGAAUUACAAGUGUUGAAAGUCUUAUAUGUGAACAAAAUGAAAAGGCAGAAAUUUGUUUGCAGAGGAACAUUUUUGUAGGAAAAAUAGAUGGUGAAUGUAGAGACGUUGAUCAUUCCUUUUUCAAAAGUGACUCGAGCUCUUUCAUGAUAGAUGGUAAAAAGCCAGUACAUUUAGAUUUUGAAGAAAAAGCCGGCAACAGAAUGCCAAAGAAUGACUUCCUCCAGUUGCCACCAGUAUCUGAUACAUCAUCUAGGACACAGGAUUCAGAUAAUACACUGUCAAGCAGUGAGAGUGUCACUGGCUCAACAUGUAAGGAUGAUGUGCACACUUCCUUGGAGGAGUCGUACAUAGUCGUCGGGGAAACUCUCCUCCUGGACCAGGACUCGACUGGAUCCACAACAAGAACGUCUGUCUCUGAAUGUCUGUAUUAUAAGAAGAAUGAAGGGAAGAAGCAACUAAGCACCAGAGAAACCUCAGAGAUCCCAAAAGAGACAGAUAUGUUCUCAGAGCCUCUUAAAGUCAGUAGUAAGUAUCAUGAUCUCCAGGACUCCUCAGAGGAAUCAAGCACAACACAGGACAGGAAGACAUUAGCCAACUUAUUCUCAGAAAUUUCAAGCCAUCCUUCAUUAGGGAAACGGAAAAGACGACUCACGGCAAAGGCAAAAGAAAUCAUAGCAGAUGAGGUGGAUCCUCUUGCCGUAGACAGAAAGACCAGGAAAAAUUUGGGGAUAAUUAAAAGAGCAGAGGUGGAUCAUUUUGAAGGAAACACGAGAAACUUGGAUAAAGAUGGAGUUCAGGGUUGCAAAUAUAUAUGUGAAUACUGUGGUAAAAGAUUCAAUUCGGCUGGAGGUUUCCGGUAUCAUAUGGACAGUCACGAGAUUGGUAAGGCUAAAGUUUUUUCUUGUAACUGUUGUAAUUAUACCACUCGUCGACAAGCAGAUCUGAGGAAACAUAAUGUGAUUCACACUGGUGAAAGGCAUUAUAAAUGUGACAUUUGUAAUCAAGAGUUCACUGUCAAUAGUUCAUACAAGAGACACCUAAGGAUUCACAGUGGAGAAAAGCCUUAUAAAUGCACUACAUGUGGUAAGGAUUUUCGAAAUGGUGGAACACUGAAACAGCAUAUGGUGAAGCACACUGGAGCCAAGAACUUUGUUUGUGAAGUUUGUGGUAACAGUUUCAGUUUAAGGCAUCAUUAUACAGCUCAUCAUAAGUUGCACACUGGCGAAAUGCCAUUCAAGUGUGUGUACUGUGGGACUGCCUUUCGUAACCACAGUGCCUUGAGACACCACCGCAAGAAAAAUCAUCCAAAAGAGGAAGCCAACAGACUGAGACAGAUCAAACUAAAGAGGACAAUAGUUAGAGAGGAACUUGGAGUGCAGACGUCUCCUAGAGUCGUUCAUGAUUCUUUAGAUGUGUUGGAGCAGGCCAUGGCUGCCACUGUUGAUCCUGUCAGUUAUGAAUAUGUGGACUCGUACACUCAGACAUUACCACAUGUUGACAGCCAGCCCAUUCCUGUGGUCUCAGAAAUCAUUACAGAUAAAUUCUCCAGCAACGAUUCUGUGGUUUUUGCUAUUACUCACAUAGAUGAGGGGGAAAUUAAGAAAGAAACUGAGAGGAAUAAUAACCAAGUGGUUUUAGAAGGUGACAUGUCAGCAAUAGACAUAGAGGAGCCAAGUGCAGCUGUUGUGAGUGUAGGGGAGUCUGAAGACCAACAAAAACUACAUCAGAACAUUAAAAUUUAUCCUGGUGCAUUCUGCCCAGAGGAUACUGUAAAUGUACCACAGGAAUUUGUGGUAUUAAAGAGCGAGGAACAGCCGUCAGAAACUUUAAAAUCAAAUAAUGUUGAAGUGGUGGGUGGUGGCAGCAGGAGUAGAGGCUCACACAUGUAUAUAAUGUUAUCAGAUGCACAAGUACAAGACCCUCGCUUGUAUAUUGUAGUCGAGAGUGACAGUGAAGCUCCUAACUAAUGUGUACUGUUCUGUAGUUGAUGUUGGCAGCAGCUAAGUUCAUCUUUCUCUCUUAACAUGUACAAGUACUCAUCUCAGAGAUUAUAUUCUAGGUACUUUGACACUCUGAAGGUAGUUGCUAACUUGUAGUAAAGUGGCCAGGCAGGUAUUGGUGGGUAGGCCACUUGGAGACAGACUCGUUCCAGCAGCUUAGUGUCAAAAGAAAUGUACUGUAUUGGGCUAGUGUCCGACUGUACUGACACCUAAUUUAUAUAGACAGGUUCUGUGUAUUGGUUAUGUGGUUUCUCAUUGUACUAAUUAUUGGAAUUUUUAAAUUAUGUAUGAAAUUUUUAAAGCAACACUGCAUUUGUGACUUAGAAGAUAUGGCAUUAAAGAAAA